GCUCGAGGGUGGUAGUCCGGAGGUUGGGGCGACCGGCACAUCGCCUGAAGAGCUCCAGCCGAUCGGCGGCGCCUCGGCUGCGCUGUGGUGCCAAUGGAAGGUCAGCCCAACGUCACAUACGCGGCGCCGCAGACGACGUACGCUGCGCCAGCGACGCACUUCGCCGAGCCGAUCGCAACAACAGCUCAAGCUGCGCCCAUGUAUGCCAUGCCCCAGUCCAGAGAGGAGCCGGCGGGGAUGUCCGUGACGUAUGCUCCGCCUGUCUACAUGACGGCGCCGCAGCCGCAGACGAUCUUGGAGCCAGCGGGGGCGCCCCUGGCGUAUGGCGCGCCAGCGGCUACGAUGUGGACCUCCCCAGGGGCCAUGGAGACGGUGCAUCCGGGCGGCUCCGUGCAGGCCGUACAGCGCGUUGCCGAUCCGGUCUACAUUACGGCGCCGUCUGGCACCGCGACGCUGGGAGGAACCAGCGUGCAGUACGCCGCAGAGCCUGCAGGCGCCGCCCCGCAGAUCUUGCAGCCGUCCAUGCCCGGCGUGUCCAGGCAGCUGGAAGCAGCCGGGAUGCAGCCGCAGGUGUCGAUGCCGGUGCAGACGCACAUGUCGAUGAAGCCGCCGGUGCCGACCCCGACGUCGCGGGACGCGCAGCGCGGCGGCGUGACAACGAUGAGGGUCCCGGCGGUCUUGACCGAGGACCACCAAAACGCGACGAUGACGCAGCACAUGCCGACCACCACAGCCGUCCGUGAGCUCGGCCAUGCGGUCUACCUUCCGGCCACCGUCGUCGAGCAGGAGGGACAGCCAGAGAUUGUGACUGUGGAGACAGAGAACAUCGUUGCUGGCGAGAUUUCCCAAAAGAUCGUUGAAAUCCCAACCAUCCAGGAGAUCGUGGAGAUCCACGAGGUGCCCGAGGUUCAGAUGGUAGAGAAGAUUCAAGAAAUCCCACAGAUCAUUUACGAGCAUGUGGAGCACAUUGUGGAGCAAUUGGUUGAGGUGCCCAAGGUAAUUCCCCAGAAGCGGCAGCAGACCCGCGAGGUCGAGAUGGUGAUGGAUGUCCCAGUGCCUCAGAUAGUCGAAGAGAUUGUCCACGUGCCCGUUGUCGUGAAUCAGCACCGGCAUCACCACCGGGAGAUUGAGCAGAUAGUAGACGUUCAUGUGCCCCACGAGAGCGAGGAGAUCGUGCAUGUGCCCAAAAUCAUCCCCCAGGAGCGGAUCA